CACAUAAUACCACCAACCUGUCUUAUUAUAUGGAUAUCAUUCUAUAUAUAAAUACCACACUCACAGUUGACCCUAUAAAUUUCUCUAACAAAUAUACCUACCCCGCUUCUUUUGCCUAGUCCUCUCAUUACCCCACGUGCCAAAACCCUUCCUUUCUUUCCAAAUAACACCUCCCAAUAUGGCUUCAUCGUCAUCUUCAUCAAAGAGACAUCCCUUGUACCACGGAAUCCGUUGCCGGGGAGGAAAGUGGGUCACUGAAAUCCGUGAGCCACGUAAGACCAACCGCAUAUGGUUGGGUACGUUCCUCACUCCGGAGAUGGCCGCCGCCGCCUACGACGUGGCGGCGUUAGCCCUCAAAGGCGGCGAAGCGGUUCUCAACUUCCCGGACUCAGUUGGCAGGUAUCCAGUUCCCGCGUCCAAAUCCCCUGAGGACAUCCGUUCCGCAGCCAUUGCUGCAGCAGAACUCAUGAAGCCUGAAGCCAGCCACAACAACGUUAAUGCAGUAGCCCAGUCUGAUAACACAGAGGGUUAUGGUUACGGUUACCAUAAUGUUGUUGGUCCUUCGUAUGAAACUGAGUUUGUUGACGAGGAAGCCAUAUUCUCUAUGCCGAGUUUGUUGGUCGACAUGGCUGAGGGAAUGUUGCUAACCCCUCCCAGAAUGAGCUCGCCCUCUGAUUACUGGACCGAAAAUUAUGCUGGAGAAAAUCUGUGGAACUUUUGACCCAUCUAUAUAUAUAUUAAGUAAUUAAUUAAAAUAAUAUACAAUGGAAUAUAACUCGGAAAGUUGAUGUAAAUUAAUUAAGUAGGGCUACUUUGUUCUGAGACCAUGUGUCUCCGUGUGUUUUAGUAGGUCUACCAUAAUAUGUGUGUUUGCUUCCAUGGUUGUGACUUGUGAGAAUUCGUCCUCAUUGGCCAUGAAGCAUUUGGUUUUGAUGUGAGGCAUUUCUGUGAAACUUUUUCUGUUCUCUUUUUGCCUCUUCUUUCAAUAGUACAGGCAUGGUUUUUGCUUCCGUUGUUGAAGAGUACUAAAACUGGAAAAAGGAGUGGGACAUAAAGUAGUAGUAGGUUGAGACAUGAAUGAGAAGAUCCUAAAGUUUGAAAGCGCGUUGUUGAUGCGCUGUCGCGAGGACAAUGUGCAGCGGGAAACGCCGACUCCGUACUCAGCCAAAAUUUUAUUUUAUUUUAUUCUCACUGUAUCAUUUUCAGCGCUCUUCUUUUUUAUAAUAAAGACAGACAGUAUUAUUAUUUAUCUACUUUAAAAUUAGAAUAAGAUGUACGGUGUUGAAAGAAGAAAGGUACAGGAAGAUAAAGAAAUAGAUAACAAAAAAAACGAGUAUUAAACAUGAU